AUGUUGGCACUAUUCAUUGCUCUGCUGUUCGCAACAACUGCAUUCGCAGUACCCACCAUCGAAGCCAAGGGCGCCAGAUUCUUCACCUCCGAUGGCGACCAGUGGUUCAUCAAGGGCAUUGCCUACCAAUUGACUCCCGAUGAUCCACUCGCUCAAGGCGACCAAUGCAAGCUGGACGCCGCUCUCAUGAAGACUCUCGGUGCCAAUGCCAUUCGAGUCUACCACGUUGACCCAGCAGCGAACCACGAUGAGUGUAUGAGCGCUUUUGAGGAUGCUGGCAUCUAUCUCUUCCUCGAUCUCGACACUUUCAGCACGUACAUUCUCCCUGAUGAUCCACACUGGAAUGAGACACAGUUCAACGAAUUUGGCAAAGUCAUGGAUGCUUUCCACAACUACGAUAAUCUUGCUGGUUUCUUUGUUGGCAACGAAGUCCUCACCACUGGUGCAAACAGCAUUGCUGCUCCCUAUGUCAAGGCUGCUACUAGGGACAUGAAGGCCUACCGGGACUCGAAGGGCUACCGCCAGAUCCCAAUUGGCUACUCCGCUGCUGACAUUGCCUCACUCCGCCCGAACUUGCAGAAGUACAUGGCGUGCGGAGAUAACAGCUCCGACGCCCUUGACUUCUUCAGCUUGAACGCAUACGAGUGGUGUGGUGAGACGACAUACGAGACUAGUGGCUACUCUCAGCUCCAACAGAACGCCAGCGAGUACAAUAUCCCCAUCUUCUUCUCCGAGACAGGCUGCAAUACUCCCAAGCCUCGCACAUUCGCCGAUCAGUCCGCCAUCCUUGGCGAAGAGAUGUCCGGUACCUGGUCCGGCGCCAUCGUCUACGAAUGGAUCCAAGAAGCCAACGACUACGGCCUCAUCUCCUACGGGCCCAGCGUCGACCCAACAGCCACAGGUGCUAAUGUCGUCGGUGGUUUCACGGUCCGCGGCACACCAACUCCCAUCUCUCCUGAUUUCGACAACCUCAGCAAGCAAUGGGCCACCCUCUCGCCAAGUGGUCCGCCCGCGAGCGCUUACAGUCCCAGCUUGACCGCACCGGCCUGCCCAGAGUACACCAAGGAUCUAUGGAACGUCAACCGCAACGUGGCUUUGCCUACUCUUGGUCAGACUUUCGAUGCUCAGGUUUCAUCCAGUAUCACCGCGGGAGGUACCAACACUGGCUCUACAGGAUCCAUGGCCAUGGCCACUGCCGCUGGUAGCGCUACUCGCCGUUCUUCUACGUCCAGCAGUCGGGCGGUUGCUACUGGCAUGCCCAGCCCGGAGAUCUGGUGGCUCGCUGCCAUGUUCCCAGUUGUAUUGGCUUAG